AAAUACAGUAAUACUCCCUUGUGUUUAAUUCUAGUAGGCCUGUUCUAUAGUAGGCCCGAGUGUGGUUAAGUUAAAAUUCAGGAAAACUAACGCUUCCACAUAAUGACCAAAUGAAAAAUGUGUAUUGCAUUGGAUGUAGCAAAUCAUUUGGCUGCUAACUAGGGAAUAUUUAUCAUUGCAUUUUGUCACACAAGGUUAUUAAUAUAAAACAGACAAGCAGCAGAAAAGGCGCGAUAUUGCGCAGCUCCGAAAAGCCGCGAGGACGAUCUCCCUCAGGGGGCAUGCGCAGCCCAACGCUACAGUGGAUCGUUAGCAGUUCGACAGCUUAAUUUUAUCAUACAUUUACCGCGAUAUAGAGCUUUUCUUUGGGACACAGCACUAAAACAACAAGAUGGGCUAUAUGAAACAGGUAGAAGUUGAAAAUUUUAAGUCUUGGCGCGGGAAGCAGGUCCUCGGGCCGUUCAAGCAGUUCACCUGCAUCAUUGGCACAAACGGCUCCGGUAAGUCUAACGUGAUGGAUGCGCUGGGUUUCGUCAUGGGAGAGCGGGCGGCUGCACUGCGGGUGCGCCAGGCCAGGGAGCUGAUCUGCGGGGCCCACGUAGGCCGGCCCGUGGCCGGGACCGCCAGUGUCUCCAUGGUCUACUGCGAAGACAACGGUGAGGAGAUCAUCUUCAAGAGGACUGUCGCAGGAGACGCAUCGGAAUAUCGAGUCAGUGGCAAACUGGUCACCUUUACUGAGUACACGUCCGCGCUACAGAAGAUCGGAGUGCUAAUUAAAGCCAGGAACUGUCUGGUAUUCCAGGGGACGGUGGAGUCGAUCGCUAUGAAGAGCGCCAAGGAGAUGAGCCGCGUGUUUGAGCGCAUCAGCGGCUCACUGGAGCUGGCAGAUGAAUACAUCCAGGCCAAGGAAGCCCUACUGAGGGCCAAGGAGGACACGCAGUUCCACUUCAAGAAGAAGAAGACAGCUGCUGCAGAGAAGAAGCACGCCUCACAAGUGAAGGAGGAGGUGCAGCGGUACCAGGCCCUCGUGGAUGACCUGAACCAGAACAAGGCGCAGCUGAUCCAGUGUCGGCUCUUUCAUAACGAGAAGGACUUGGAUGCCCUGCAGGUCUCCCGGCAGCACUGGCAGGCCUUGGUCCUGGAGAAGAAGAGCGGCCUUGUGCUGUGGGAACAGGGUAUGCAGGCCCUGAAGAAGGAGCUGGGCUAUGUGACCCGGGGCCUGCAGAAGAUCGAGAAGGAAGUCCGCAUGGAGGACCAGACACAGGCCCACCGUAGGUCUCAGUAUGUCAAGGCCAAAGAGCAGACGGCGCACCAGGUGCGGAAGCUGGGUUCGGCACAAAGCUCCCUGCAGGGGGCGCUUCAGCAGCAGCGCAGGAAGGAGCAGGAGCUGGAGGAGCUGCGUGCUGAGCUGGCCCAGCUGGACCGUGCCUGGAGACAGUUUGAGGAGGAGGCGCAAAAGGAGGAAGCCCCCAGGGGUGUUACUGUGGAGCUGGCAGAGGCCCAGUUGGAACACUACAAAGAGCUGAAGGACUUGUCCAGGAAGCAGGGCUCCACCCUGAAGCAGACGGUGGAGAAGCUUCGCUGGGAGGUGAAGGCUGACUGGGGAAAACUGGAGUUUGACCAGAGGAGGAAGAAGGAAGUGGAGGCAAGCAUCAAGCACACUCAGGCACAGCUGGAGGAGUGCAGCAGCAGAGCCGAAAAGCUGGGGAAAUACAGCAGCAGUUGCAGUGCCACUCUGGCUGAACAGCAACAGCUGGAGGAGAGUCUGCGGGUGGCGCUGGAUGAGGGCCGCGCUCGCAGCCGGGAGGUGGAUCGGGAGCUGGCCGAGGCCAUCGAGGAGCUGCAGAACGCCUGCGUCGACGGCCACGAGAGCCGGCGGCAGCAGCGCCGCAGCGAGAUGCUGGACAGCCUGAGGAAGCUCUACCCAGAGACCCUGAUCGGCCGUCUGUCAGACCUCUGCCAUCCGAUCCAUAAGAAGUACCAGCUGGCGGUGACCAAAGUGUUCGGCCGAUACAUGAAUGCCAUCGUCGUGGCGUCUGAGAAGGCGGCACGCGACUGCAUCAGGUUUCUGAAGCAGGAGAGGGCCGAGCCGGAGACCUUCCUCCCCCUCGACUACCUCGAUGUGAGUGCGUUGAACGAGCGGCUGCGGGAGGUUCGCGGGGCCACGAUGGUGGUGGACGUGGUGCAGUACGCCGCCUCGCUGGGGAGGGCCGUGCAGUUCGUGUGCGGGAACACGCUCGUGUGCGACACCGUCAAGGAGGCUCAGCAUGUUGCCUUCGGGGGCCCCGAGCGCCUCAAGACGGUGGCAUUGGAUGGGACCAUGUUCUUCAAGUCGGGGGCCAUCUCUGGGGGUGCCAGCGACCUGCGGAGCAAAGCCCGGCGCUGGGAUGAGAAGGUCAUGGGCAAGCUGAAGGAGCGCCGUGAGCAGCUGACAGCAGAGCUGCACACUCUGCUGAAGCUGAAGCAUAAGGAGGCAGAGCUGAAGCAGGUGCAGACUCAGCUCAAAGGCAUCCAGACCCGCUUGAAGUUCUCUCUCAGUGAGCUGGAUGCCAUCCGCAAGAAGAACAUCCCCGCCUGCCUCGCGGAGAAGUCUAGACUGGAGAGUAUACUUCUCAAUCUGGAGUCAGAGAUUCAAAUGCAGAAGGACAACUUGGAGUUGAAGGGAAAAAAAAUACAGGAUCUUCAGACUAAGCUGAAUGAGGUGGACGACCUAGUGUUCUCUGAUUUCUGUGCUGAAAUCGGCGUCGCAAACAUCCGCGAGUAUGAGCAAGAGCAUCUGAAACAGCAGCAGGAAACGGACAGCAAGAGGCUGCAGUUUGAGACCCAGCACACGCGCCUGACCACCCAGCUAGAGUUCGAGCAGAGCCAGCUUGAGCAGAGCCAGGGGAAGAUCCGCGAGUGGGAAGACACCCUCCGCAAGGGCGAGCAGAGAGUCUCCCAGCUGAAGAAGGAGGAGGAGCAGCUGAUGAAGGGCUUGGAUGAGAUCAUAGUUAAAGUGCAGGAGCUGAGGAACUCUAUGCUCGGGCAGAAGUCCCUGGUCAGCAAAUGUAACGCCAGGCUGGAUGAGAAGGUGACAGGGCGGCAGGAGUGUUCCAGGGGUCUGCAGAAGCUCCAGAGGGAGCUGAUGUCUGUGGAGAUAUCGCUAGAAAAGAAGCAGCUCGAGAGACACAACCUGCUGCUGAGCUGCAAGGUGCAGGACCUUCCUGUAACGCUGCUGUCCGGCUCCAUGGAUGACAUCAGCGAGGAGCAGCUUGACUCUGAGACCACCAUAGUCACUGCUGACAUCUACGAACGUGAGAGGCAGAUGGUCAUCGAUUACAGUGCACUGAGAAGGGAACUUCAGGAGCUGGAAGGGGAGGAGGAAGUGGAAUCAGAACUGGAAAAGUUGCAGGAAACACUUGACUCCCUGGAGACAGCACUCCAGCACUCCGGUACACCAGAUCUCAAAGCCCUGCAGAAGAUGAAUGAGGUCAAGGGGAUGUUCCAUGAGAUAGUGGAAGCUUUUGAUGCCAGCACUAAGGUGACCCGCCGCUGCCAGCAGGAGUUUCAUCAGGUGAAGACCAGGCGCUUCCGGCUCUUCAACGAGUGCUUUGAGCACGUUUCCAACAGCAUCGACCAGAUCUACAAGCAGCUCUGCAGAAACCCCUGUGCACAGGCCAUCCUCAGUGUGGAGAACCCAGAUGAGCCAUACCUGGAUGGCAUCAGCUACAACUGUGUGGCCCCAGGCAAGCGUUUCAUGGCCAUGGACAAUCUGUCAGGGGGGGAGAAGUCCAUAGCUGCCCUGGCCCUGGUCUUUGCCAUUCACAGUUUCCGUCCUGCUCCUUUCUUUGUUCUGGAUGAGGUUGAUGCAGCCCUAGACAAUACCAACAUUAAUAAGCUUACCAGCUACAUCCGUGAGCAGUGUAAGGCAUACUUCCAGAUAAUUGUCAUCUCCCAGAAGGAGGAGUUCUACUCCAAGGCAGAUGCUCUUUUGGGAGUAUACUCUGAGUACGAUGAGUACAUGUUCAGCCGUCUCCUGACCCUGGACCUCAGUCCUUACCCGUUGAACGAAGACACAGUCACAGACUGAGAGAAUUUAUAGCCACAGAGAACUCAGUAUGGUUUGUUUUGUUAAAGAGGUUAAUUUCCCUCCAUUUACAAAGUGGUGUUUUGUUAUUCAUGGGAAAAGCUUGUAGUUCACUGGUGAUUUAACUGGUUUAUCUUUACCAUCUGACUUUGCAGUGCAUGUUUUAAACAAUAAUUCAUUACGUUUAAAAGAUGUGAAAAAAAUCCUUUUAGGGCUUUUCUGUAAAUUACAUGUUUUUUUGCACUGACAGAUAGGUGACGGCAGCACAGAGGAAUGUGGGAACUCAGCCCAUUUUAAUCCCAGCUGCUUCUGACAUCUUGUCACUGUCUACUUCCUUGAAUCAAAAUUUACAAGAAGCUAUUGUUUAAUCAGUUGAGCUGUGUUUGUGUGAUUUUCUGAUAAUUCGUUGUUGAACUUGUGCUGGAAUGUACCAUUGUUUACAAGCCACACCUUCAGAUAUACUAACAGGCACUUAGCUAAGCAGUUUGUUCUGUUAAAGUUUGGUCACCAUAAACCGUACCUCUUAAAAAUAAGGUUAUUCAGCUUUAAAAUAAAAAUAAAUAAAAGUGUAAUUAAAUUGGG